CCUCUUCCCACUCAUAAUCACACACACACACACACACACACACACACACACACACACACACACACACACACACACAGAGAGAGAGAGAGAGAUCUGCAGCACCAUGACCGUGCAGUUUUGCAGUUGUGUGUUGUUUCUCUUCAUCCUGAGAAUGUCUGCAGUCAGAUCAGACGCAGCAAUAAACUGUGUUUGGGGUCCCUGGUCGACCUGGUCCCCAUGUGACGCCUGCACAAAAACACAGACCCAGAUCCGCUCUGUCUCAGUUUACCCACAGUUUGGUGGAUAUCCGUGUUCAGAGCCCUCACUCCGUACACAAAACUGUGAAACAACUCAAGGCUGCCCCCUAGAGGAGGGAUGUGGAACUCGCUUCCGCUGUCAACAAUCUGGGAAGUGUGUCAGUCAGAGUUUGGUGUGUAAUGGUGAUCACGACUGUGAGGACGGAUCAGACGAACAGAGAUGUGACAGUCAUAAUGUGUGUGACCUACAGAGACCUCCACCAAAGAUAGAAGACUCUGGACUGGGGUAUGACGCGGUGAAUGAGGUGUUCAGAGACAGUGUAAUAAACACUCAGGUGUUUGGAGGUCAGUGUAGAAAAAUCUUCAGUGGAGAUCAUCAGAACUUUUACAGACUUCCACAGAGUGCCCUCGGUUACUCCUUCCAGGUCACAGCUAAACAUGAUUUCUCGAGCGAGUUCUAUGAAAGCUCAUGGCACUACAUGAAGAGAAUUGAAAACCGUGAGAGGACGACGGGGACGACGAGUGGAUACAAUCACUUCACCUCUAACGAGGAGCUGAAGACCAUACAGAGCAAGCAGUUAGUGGAGGUCAGCAGCGAAGUGGAAGUGGCUCGUGUCCAGAAUCAGUCGCCGCAGUACCUCCCUCUGUCUGAGGAAUUCUGGAGAGCUCUAUCUUCUCUUCCCGUAGUGUACGACUACUCCACCUACCGCACAGUGCUGGAGAGGUUCGGGACCCACUACGUGUCUGAGGGAACGUUAGGAGGACAGUUCAGGGCGAUGCUCUACUUCAGCCUGGACUUUACUGAGAGUAAAAGACGUGAUGUGUGGGAUUUUCAUGAGUGUGUUAAGAAGACACACACUGUUUUCUUCUUCUUCACUUGGACGACUGAAAAGUGCAGAAGUUAUUUUAAUGAAAUAAUAAAUGGCUUCAAGCAAGACAACAAACAGAUCCAGAAGAAGGUGAGAACGAUCGGAGGACACACUGGAUACAUCUCCAUACUUAACCAACUGGAUGUUAAUAAAGCAGCAGAAAACUCGAACACGUUCUCCAAGUGGGCCGGUUCCGUGAAGUACUUCCCUGUUCUCAUCAACUACAAGACACGGCCGUUGUACGAGUUGGUGAAGGAAGUAUCGUGUUCUGAUGUGAAGAAGCUUCACCUGAAGCGAGCAACGGAAGCGUACCUGAGGGAAAGAGACUCGUGCCGCUGCAGUCCCUGCAGGAAUAAUGGGCUCGCUGUGCUGAAGGGUGGAGUGUGUGUAUGUGUGUGUAAAAUAGGAACGGGGGGACUCGCAUGUGAAUACGGAGCGCCGGUGAAUGAACAACCAGGUGUGAUUGAUGGAAGUUGGUCCUGCUGGUCAGAGUGGAGUUCCUGUUCUGAAGGUCAUCGCAGUCGGACACGAUCCUGCACACGUCCCGAACCGCGUAACGGGAAGAGCUGCAUGGGAAACGCAGCAGAAAGGCGGAGCUGUGAUGAGGAAGAGCAGCUGGAGUAUCUACGUACGAUUCAGCCUCACUGCUUCAACCAAAAUCUGGAGCCGACAAAGAGCUGCAGAAAUCCUCCUGCUCUGUUCAACGGCUUCGUACUGGACCCCAGAGACUUUUAUCUAAUCGGCAAUAAAGUGGAGUAUUCGUGUAUUGACGGUUAUCAUCUGAUUGGAAAUCCCAUCGCUGAAUGUACCGAGGAUGAAACCUGGAGGAAAUCCACAAUGGAGUGCAAACGUACGACGUGUGGUCCUCCUCUCCUCUCCCCCUACGUGAUGCCCAGUCUGUGGAAAGUGAGCUAUAAGAUCGGAGAGUCCGUCCUGCUGAACUGUACAGACGGGAGAGACAGAAUUGGCCCGGAGGAGAUUCUGUGUAACUCGGGUUUGUCCUGGUCACCUGAACCCAAAAACACAAGAUGUGCUACAGUUCCUGUUUCUAUAGCGACCGCACCUCCAGCUCGGCUGCAGUGUGAGCCCUGGGAGAAGCGAGCUGAAAACAUAUGUGUUUGUAAAGUUCCCUAUCAGUGCCAGCCGUCUCUGGAGGUGUGUGUAAAAAGUACAGAGCGAAGUUGGAUCGGCAGACAGAGUGUGUGUAAAGCUCGAGCUAUGCAGUGUUUGGGUUAUCAGUAUACAGUAGCUGAACACAGCGCCUGCCAGUGGCCAGAGUCUGUCACUGCAGUGUGUCCUCAGUGCUCUCUCUGGACCACAUGUGAUGAAGAAAUGAACACGUGCCGCUGCAAAACCUUGGACGAGUGUACAUCAUCAUCUCGCUGGAUCGAUGUGUGUGUACGUUUAACCGAAGACGCCGAGGUCUCCACGGUAACGGAGUGUGAGGUCGGGGUGCGACGUUGCCGAGGGGAAACUCCUCGAAUACUUACGCUGCAAGCCUGUGAGGUGUAAACUUAUUCAUAUUUAAAAAUCUUUACAUUAACCGCACCCUCACCUCUGAUCCAUAUAUAACGACUCAUCACUGAAGAACUACAAACAUUUAAAACUGUUUUAUUACAAAUAAAUAAAUAAAUAAAUAAUUAUCAUCUCUC